AUGCUUCGGAAAGCGAGAUCACGGAUCGAAGUGGCCCUACUGUUUGCUUCGGGCUUUUAUCAUACGGCUGACCAAUGGACACGGGUUUUGCUUCCGUUCUUUCAGUGGCAACUGCUACCGCCUGGCGAUUUCCAAGUUGUCGUCAAAGUCACGUCUAUGGGGGCAAUUUCAACGGGCCUUGGAAGUUUCCUAGUCGCUCAAAUGAUAGAAGCAUUGGGGGUUCGAAAAACGGCCAUCAUCAUCACUUUAAUGACGGCACUCUAUCAAUUCCUCAUAACCCAAGUGACAAGCCUCUAUGGUUUUGUCGCCGUGCAAAUGUUGCUCGUCUUCAAUAACCUGUCGGUCGCGAUUGAUGCCAUGGUAUGCCAGAUGGAAGGCGAGGACGGCGAUGACAAAAAACGCAAAAUAUUGAUCUCGAGGCUCGCGAUUCCGCAAAGUAUAGCUUACGCGCUGGGGCCAUAUUUAGCACUGCAGACAAUGUUUCUGAUCACUGCUCAUAUUGGUGUCUGCCAAACGAUGAACGUUGUGAUGCACUUGUGCACGGUUCUGCCGCUCAUCUGCUUUGCAUUUCCGGAGCAUGAAAACCCGCGAGGGUUCAAGCUUGCGCUUCCAUCAAUUGGUAGCUAUUUCGAGUUGAUCAAAAAUGAGAGAACUGCGCUUUGCAUGGGUCUACUGCUGGCAGUCGUGGGGCCAUAUCAAGCUUAUGAUCAAGUAAUUCGGGCCAUGCUAACGGGUGCUAUUGUCCGGAAUCCAACAAGCAUGAUUUAUGUGUUUCUGGUCCUCGGCGGUACAACAUUGGCCGUAAAUCUGUGGCUCUACCCCUGGUUGCAAACUAAAUUCAAGCCACAGCAACUCCUGGCUGGCUCAUUUUCGGUGCUCACUAUCUCGUACAUCCACCUGAGCUUCAGCAACGACGACCAUUAUUACAAUCUGCUACUCGGGCUUUGUAUCCAAGUAGCUCUGGUCGCCGUCUCUGUUGGAGAACUGUCCUCACAGAUCCUGUCCACCGUCAGCAAGAAAAACGCGGGAAAAGUUGCUGCACUAUUGCGCAGCGUGCAUUUGCUGGGCGCAGGAUUGACACCGCUCGUCGCGGGGAUGCUGGUCGACAAAAAUGACUACGCAAAGUUGUGCUACUGCGGAGCUUUGAUUUCUCUACUGGCCAUACCCGCCGUCACGCGCUUCGGCAAAUUCAUGAGGUCACAACCGGCCUUUUUGCCCAUGACCGGCAUCACACUAAAUACGCGUCAUCUCGCCAAGAUGUCCCUCGAAAAGAAGCAACGUGUUAUGCUCGUGCUAUGCCUUAUAUUUGGCAUCUGGCACAUGGGCACCCAGUGGACAACCACGCUACUUUCAUUCUUGCAAUGGGACACCGACGAAGUGAUGACCAUCGUCGAUCUCGGCUAUAUUCAAGCUUUCGGAUCGCUGUGCAACGCAGUCGGAGCACUGGCAUUCGGCCAGAUUGCCGACAGCACCGGGGCCAAGACCAUGUUUAUGGUCUCCUGCGUCCUGACCUGCAUUUAUUAUUGCGGGAUUUCGAUGGCUCGAAGCUGGUAUGCGUUCUUCUUCCUCCAGAUCUUCCGGUUUGGAUACCAGUUGGAUGGCACCGCCGAGAUGUACCUUGCCACCGUCACCACGGAGGGCGAGCGUACUGGUGCGCUGAUGAAGCUGACCAUGCCCCAGGCAGCCGCUAUGUUCUUCGGACCGAUCCUCGGCUCGAAGAUUGCCGCCUUCACCUCGCUGCGCAUUUCGCAGUUUGUCUGCGGGUGCUUUGUACUGGUCGCCCUGAUGCCGGUGCUUACGUUCAUGCUGCCCACCACCCACUCGAUUCCCCGGCUUGCUUCUGCCAAACUUAGACCCCAGGACUAUUUCCACAUGAUCAGACAAAACGUCCACCUCCGCGAGGGACUGAUCGUGAGAGCAUGCGUGGUGGCUGCCUACGUUUGCUACGAGAUGAUUGCCAGGAACUUUUUGCUCCGCGCUUACAUGAAGGACACCAAUGACUCGGCCUAUGUCCUGCUCGUCAUGGCUGCCGCCCUGCUCGCCGUGCAGUUUAUUUUCCUGCCCAUCCUGCAGCGAAAAGCCAACCCAAAAACCCUGCUCCAGAUCGCGCUGAUCGGGCUUCUCGUCUCUUAUGCCUCAGCCAGUUUCACCACAUCCUUUGAGCAACUCCUAGUGAUUACCGCCGUGCAGACGGGCUGCUACGCAGUCGCGUAUGCGGAGACUUCGACUCAAAUCACCAGCGCCGUCGAACGCACCGACCUAGGAAAAGCCACUGGCCUGGCAUCAAUGUGCCAAUGGCUAACCCACUUCAUUCUACCAAUCUACGCGUCGCACUUGGUGCAGCACUACCACUAUACGUACGCCUUCUACACUUCGGCCGUGAUCACCACCGGCACCCUCAGCUACGUGACCUUUGUCGUGCGCAAUGCCAAUAACCGCGUCCAAACCCUCCUACCUUCCUUGGCUUAU